AUGGUCAGAAUCCAAGAUGUUACCAUCGCCUUGCUUUCUCUAGGUCAGGCUUUUGCGGGAACGAUUCAAUCCAGACAGGCCUCUGUCAGUAUUGAUGACAAGUUCAAAAGCCAUGGCAAGAAAUAUCUUGGAAACAUUGGAGAUCAAGGCACUUUGACCAAGAACUCCCAAAAUCCAGCCAUUAUCAAGGCCAACUUCGGUCAAUUGACUGCCGAGAACAGCAUGAAAUGGGACGCUACCGAACCUUCACAGGGUGGUUUCUCGUUCAAUGGUGCUGACUUUUUGGUCGACUUUGCCCAGUCCAAUGGAAAGCUCAUUCGUGGUCAUACUCUUGUAUGGCAUUCCCAACUACCAGAUUGGGUCUCGUCCAUUUCAGACAAGGACACCCUUAUCAAUGUCAUGAAGAACCAUAUUGCUACAGUUGCGGGUCGGUACAAGGGAAAGAUUUAUGCUUGGGAUGUUGUGAACGAAAUCCUGAAUGAAGACGGAUCCCUCCGUGACAGUGUGUUUUCCAGAGUAAUUGGAGAAGAUUUUGUACGCAUCGCUUUCGAAGCCGCCCGUGCUGCAGACCCCGAUGCGAAGCUUUACAUCAAUGACUACAAUCUGGAUAAUGGCUCCUCUGCCAAGACAAACGGCAUGGUCAGCAAGGUGAAGGAUUGGAUUGCAGCAGGUGUUCCAAUCGAUGGAAUCGGCAAGAUCCCAAACUCACUUGAGCGCCGGUGGCGGGGCUGCCAUCUCGGGAUAACUCUUAAUGCACUAGUUGGUGCUGGAACCUCUGAGGUUGCAAUUACUGAGCUUGAUAUUGCCGGUGCAAGCUCCGAGGACUAUGUCAAUGUCGUCAAUGCGUGCCUCGAACAAGAGAAAUGCGUGGGUAUCACAGUUUGGGGAGUUGCUGACCCAGACUCUUGGCGUUCCGAUGAAUCGCCUUUGCUGUUUGAUAGCAAUUAUCAACCAAAGGAUGCUUAUAACGCAAUUGGAAACACCCUCUAA